AUGCGUCUUGUUAACCUCGCUGCUCUUGCCUGCGCUGUGAUCAGUGCCAGCGCAUUCGACUUCCCGGAAUUUGUCCCUCUGCACCGGCGUCAGGAGGCCGGCACUCCAGCAUAUGAGUGCCACGCCAACUGCGGCGGCGUGAUUGUCGAUGGCCGUACUGACGGGUACUGUGAUACCGAUGAAUUCACGACCGAGUUGGCCGCUUGCUUGGAAUGUGCCCUUGAGUAUGACAUUUGGCAAUACUACGGAACCUCCGUGUCAAAGGCCGCUACUGCUUGUGGAUUGGACGCUACCCCGGUCGAAGCAUCUUCUACCACUACAUCGGCUAGUGCAACCACUGCAUCGGAUAGUGAGACCACUACAUCCGACAGUGCUAGCGCUACUGAGACUGCGGAGAGUGUCACUUCCGCUGAGAGCACUGCUGCGGCGACCACCUCUGCUAGUACUUCGAUCGCGACAACUUCCGUGAGCCCCCCGCGUGUUUCUGGUUCUCCUCGCCCGUCGUCAUUGAUUCCUUCGGCCACACCCACUGGAAGCUCGACUGCUUCUAGCACUCCUUCCUCGACCCCCGUCUACACUGGUGGUGCUACGAUUAAUAUGGGCAGCGGACUGGUGUCUGGUGCUGUUGUCGGUUGUCUCCUUGCAGCUUUCCUGUAA